AUGCAUAUUGCUUCUUCUAUAUUCACAAAACAAAACAAAUCAAAUCCAACAUACAAACAACUAUGAUGAUAUCUUCCAUUUUCUUCUUUUCUCUUGUUUUCUUUCUUUCUUCUUACUUUUUCUUCAAACAAGAACAAGUUUUCCAUUUCUUCUUAUCACUAAAUGAUAACCUACUUCCAUAUAUCUUAUCUCUUCUCUUAUUUCCCAUUCUCUUCUUCUUCUUAACAAAACCAAACAAAAAUGAUUCAACCAUAACCAUCCCAAAAUCAUAUCCAAUAAUCGGUUCUUACUUAUCCAUCAGAAAAUACAUGUCCGGUAACCGCCGUAUCCAGUGGCUCUCCGACAUCAUUCAAAUCGCACCAUCCGCCACUUUCCGUCUCGACCGUCCAUUAGGCACUCGUCAAAUCAUCACCGGAAACCCAUCCAAUGUUCAACACAUACUCAAAAACCAAUUCAACAAUUACGAAAAAGGUUCACGUUUCACAACUACUCUCUCAGAUUUCUUAGGCAACGGAAUCUUCAACACAGACGGUGAAAAUUGGAAGUUUCAAAGACGAGUAGCAAGUCACGAAUUCAACACGAAAUCACUUCGGAAUUUCGUCGAACACAUAGUAGACACGGAACUCACCAACCGUUUAAUCCCAAUUCUAAACUCAUCUUCUCAAACAAACAAAACUCAAACUCUCGAUUUUCAAGAUAUUCUUCAACGUUUCACGUUUGAUAAUAUCUGUAAAAUCGCGUUUGGUUUUGAUCCAGAAUAUUUAACGCCGUCAACUAACAGAACGAAAUUCGCACAAGCUUUUGAAGAUGCAAAUGAAAUAAGCAGUAAACGUUUUCGUUUAGCGUUACCGAUAAUCUGGAAGUUGAAAAAACGAUUUAACAUCGGUUCAGAAAAGCGUCUUAGAGAAGCUGUUAAAGAAGUACACGAAUUUGCGAGAAAAAUAAUUCGUGACAAAAAACAAGAAUUGCACGAAAAUUCAAGUAUCCAAUCGGAAGAUAUGUUAUCGCGUUUUUUAAGUUCGGGUCAUUCGGAAGAAGAUUUCGUAGCGGAUAUUAUAAUUAGUUUUAUUUUAGCGGGUAAAGAUACCACCUCAGCGGCACUGACGUGGUUUUUUUGGUUAUUAUGGAAAAAUCCACGUGUUGAGGAGGAAAUUUUGAAGGAAAUAAAUCAAUCUGAAUCGUUCGAUUACAAUGAAGUGAAAGAAAUGGUUUAUACGCAUGCGGCACUUAGCGAGAGUAUGAGGUUGUAUCCACCUGUACCGAUGGAUAGUAAAGAAGCUGUAAACAACGAUGUUUUACCGGAUGGAACGAUUGUGGAGAAGGGGACUAUGGUAACUUAUCAUGUGUACGCGAUGGGGAGGAUGGCGAGUUUAUGGGGAGAGGAUUGGGCCGAGUUUAAGCCCGAGAGAUGGUUGGAGAAAGAUGGAGUAAGUGGAAAAUGGACUUUUGUGGCGAGAGAUUCUUUUACAUAUCCGGUUUUUCAGGCCGGGCCUAGGAUUUGUUUAGGGAAGGAAAUGGCUUUUAUGCAAAUGAAAAGGAUUGUUGCUGGGAUUGUUGGGAAGUUUAAGGUUGUUCCUGAGGCUCAUUUGAAUGAACAUCCUAAUUUCAUUUCGUUUUUGAGUUCACAGAUGGAAGGUGGGUUUCCUGUUACUAUUCACAAAAGGGAUCAUUAAUUAAUUCAUAAUAUUCUUAGAUUCUUAGCAUUAGUUUUUUGUUGAUAGAUGGAUGAAUAAAGAAAUAAAGGUGAAGUGUUUGUUUUGCUUCAAUAUUUAUAUUAUCCUAGGAUUGACUUUGUUAUAUAUAUUUUUGGUUUACAUAUUGUAGGUAGUAUAAUAUAGUGCGUUUUUUUAUUUUAUUAUAAUUUUUAA